GCAGACCGCCAUCCGAAUCGAUGGGUGGGCGAAACUGUGUACAAGCAGGGAGAGGAUGGCUGCGGGCGCGAGGUGCAGAUUAAAGGAGUAGUGAUGAGCUAUUGCCCCAUGUCGACCAAGUUUCUGCUGCUGUACUCGGACGGGUCCUCGGAGGCAGUCCCGAUCGAUGAGAUCGGAGACCACGUGCCGUUGCUGCGCCAGCUACCGGAUGCAAAGCGCAGAUUGAAGAAGCGAAAAGGUGAAGAGAGAACAGCUUGUCAAGAACAUUCACGCGCUACCGUAAAACGAGUCAAAGUUGUAAAGAAGGAAGCCACUAAAGCCACGGCCUUGGUCCCUCCCGUGUCUACGUACGCAUCUGCUGCUGCUCGUCCUGAUGUGGCUCCACUGGCCUCACGCUUCGUGCAGGAUAUGCUGUGGGCAUUGACGACGACCUACAACGUCAGUGAUGCGAAGCAGCAGGCGCUGUUGGCGACGCUGGAUAAUCGAUCGGAGCAGCCUAAAGCAGCACUUGCGAGAUACAUCGAAGAAGGUGGCCUGGACUUCAUGCACCAGACUCUUCGCAAUUGGGCG